GUCAACAUUGAUUGGAUUGCAUUUUGGCAGACCAUCAAAAAUCCUUGGCUUUUCUUCAAUGAGGUACUAGGUAACCUCCUCUGCUCCGUACAUAGAGAGAGAAGAGAGAAUCUUAACGGCCAUUUCUCUUUUUACAAUUCAAUCCCCUCACCUCUCUUGCUCUCUUCCGUCCAACCAAGUCGAUCAAUCCAUAUCUGUCGCUCUUUUCACCCACUCACUCGCUCGCAUUCUAUACCUCCUCCCACACCACGCUCAUUUUAAUUUACCCUCGCGAUACCAGUACUUUACAUUCACGCCUCAGGAAACGUUGGAAACGUUAGAAAAUUGAAACACGAAAGGUUCAUUCCUCUGCAAUUGAAUUUGAAGGGAAGAGGCAAAGUUGGGUCGGACAAAUUGGAUUCGGUAAUAACAUUACAUUCGAUACCUACCUACGAUAUUUCUUCUGCAUAGUAUUCACUUGCAUACAUUCAUUGGCAUAUUCUUUUCCAGAGUUUACUAUUCCAGCUACCUAGCAAUUUGCAUAUUUGUGAUCAUCAACAUCCAAAUUUGUCUUUUUCAAAGCAUCGACUCUACAUACGUUCUUUUUGAUUUUGUCCCUCAAGUACCAUUACGAAACCCCGUACUAUACAAUUUGUGCAGGUCACCUAUCCGAUUGAUGAACAGCAUAUAUUGACCGAGACAAACAUCGAAUCAGAUCUCCUAUGCAGCUCAAUCUAUGCACCGAGAAACGAGCUCCAUUCCUCAGGGAUCCCGAAAUACCCAAAUACGUUCAUUACAACUUUUGAAGCACAACCUCUGAUAAUAUUUCUCCAUCUUUGUGUGGUUUUAUUGUCUUGAUAAGAUAUCACUAUUGGUAAUAGAAAAGCUGCAAAACAAAAAUAUCUUCGCUAUUGCUCACAAUUUUCGUCUGAUCAGACCCCGACCCGUUACACUUCUCCCGUGCGUAGUUCACCGAGAAUUCCUUUGCCCCAAACACUCCUUAAACUCUCAAGGCUAAUGCUUGUAUGUCAAACAGCUUAUUUUCAAUUUCCCCAACUUUCUACCAGUCGUUCACGCUUUGGUCCUUUAUCUCGAGUUGUCUCUUUUGCCAUCCCGCAUCUCGAUAUCAACGACAAUUCGCUCAAUAAUUGAAGCCGAGGAAUUGAAGCUGUCUCGCUAGUUCUUACUUGAGCUUGCAACUUUGUGAAUCAUAUUAGAAUUGGACUUAUAUUUCGAGGAUUGGAGGGUAGUGAAGUCAUAGCGCGAGAUACUGGGCAUCAUGUUUAGAAGUCGCAAGAAGAAGGAUGCCAAGGAGGCAACAGAGGGAGCAAGUCGAGCAUCUAGCGAUAUCGAGCACACUCCAAAUGUUAAAUCAUCGAAAACUUUUAGACUUGGAAAGAAGAAGGAAGAACCCGAACCCAAAGUGGAAUUGGACCUUGAGAAUGCUUUGCCGCCGUUGGAUGACUUUCGAACAAGUCUGUUAAUGAAUGGAUUAUCAGCUCGGUUUUCCAUGUUACGAGAACAAGAUGAUCCAACUUCAAAGAUUGGUAAAGCUAGUGAUGAUAGCGUAUUAUUCCCCAACCGAGCUUCGAAAUUGAUUGACUUUGGAUUCCAAGGACAUGGUCUUUCUGACAUCGCAGAGGUAUCGUCGAUACAUGGAUCGGUUCGACCACCGUUUACCUUUUCCAAGGUUGAUGCAUACGCAGAUGGCUAUGGAACGGAUGAUGAAUCUGUACACACCGGGAGUAUUAUGAGUCGACCAAAACCAAGCGAGGGCAAUGUUCUUUUCGGUGGCCGUCAAAAGAUUUAUAAAAUCCCCGCGGGAUCCAAGAGUUCGGGUGAUGGUGGUCUAGGAGGUCGUGUAUUGUAUGACAAUGAUGUUAGCCCAUCGGCUUUUCAGAAGUUACGGCAGAAGGAAAAGGAACAACAAUGGGAUGAGCGAAACGACGAUGAGGACAACAAUGCAGAUAUAUCGACAGCAGAACACUCGAGAGCUGGUUCCCCGCCACUGACUGGAUACAAUCGUAAUCGGGAAACAUCAUCUACCACUUCCUCUGGGCCGGUGAACACGAGAAUUUCUACAGCCGCAACUUCUUUCACUUCACAACGUACUCCAUCACUGAGUGGAUCUCAUACACCAGUUUCAGCGGGAGGCUCUGGAACGAAUUCCAGCAUGGAAAGAUCUACACCUAAAAUGCGCCGACUCUAUGAAACUGGUUUGGAUCAACAUGUACACGAUCAACAACACUCAUCUAUGAACAGAAUCGAUAGCCUGACCCGACAAUGUGGCAUGGGCGCCCAGACACCUCCACUUACAAUGAAUUCGCCUACAUCAGCUACCUCCGUUAAUGCAGCUGACAAAUGGGACCGCAAGCCGGUGCUUGCUAAAGGCAGUAUGCCCAAUUUGCGUGCCGCAAGUCCACCACCAAGUCAUAAUCUUCCCGCACCCAUCAGCGGAUUUGACUUUGGUCCAUCAGCGAAAUCAGCUCACCUGGAGGUGGAGCCUAAAUCACAAUAUGGAUUCUCAGACCCUCCUCUGAGCCCUCCAGCCAGCGAAAACGAUGAAGCAGCACCAAUAUCACAAGUCAAUGACAGGGUCAAGGCUAUGAUGACUGGUGCGCAAAGCAAGCCUGUCCAACCGCAUGACGAGGACAGAUCCCACCAGAACCAAUUCCAAAUGAACAACGGUAGAGAGACACCGCCCCCGAGAAAGCAUUCCCCGCCAGGACCUUUCGUCCCACGACAACAGCCUGGACCACGACUUCGUACCGAUUCUGGUGCACAGAACUAUGCUCAUCAGAGACAUUUCCCUCCAAAAGAUCGAGCUCCCGAGCUACAAUCCCCGAAACAACAACGGAUUAUAAUUCCUGGAAGGGACUCUGUUUCAGUACCGUUCAUGGGCUCUCCAAGUCGUUCAAUGGCAUCUCCUAGCAAAUCCGAGUUUCCUUCCAAGGGACCUGUCAGUCGACCAUGGGGACUUCCUCAACCCCGCAGCUUUCCAAACCUGAAAUAUCGUAAUCACAAUGAUCCGUUAAUGACACCACGACCUGAUGAAUCUCAGCAUCCAGCAAAUCAGCCAAUUGCCCUCGCGACUCUAGGUCCACAACAGCCACUACCGGCGCCUCCAACCAGCUCUCCAAAGAUUCUGGAGAUCAAAACCACACCACCAGAUGAUGGUGAAAGAGAGCCUGAACCUCCAGCCGACUCCCCAACACUUCCAGGCCUAAGUGGAAUGGUCCGUUCACAUUUGCGAUCUGACAGUGACAGCUCAUCCAUAUAUGGCAUCACUGCAUCUGGAUUCAAUCAACAGAUAUCUUACGAUCCGAUCGAAGAAACUUCUCAGGAUUAUAGUGAGAGACGAAACCCUUGGGAAAUUAAUGAUUGGGAUGAAACCCCAAUAAGUCCACUGGCUAAAGCAAAUGCUGCCUGCCUCGAACCCUUUGCCAUGCAGCCGAUGGAUUCGGACACUGAGGCCGAGACUAUACCAAAGGCCGCAUGGGAGGAGGAGAUGGAAUCACGUCACAAUAGAGAUGGAAGUUCGGCUACUCAACAGGAGCGACAAGAGUUCAAAGAGGAGCUUGCUCAACGUCGAAAGCAGGUCCAGGAAAACCUCAAGAGCCUAGUGAUGGAAGCUGAACGUCAACCGGAACGCCAGGUUGCCUCACCUACUCCUGGCUCGGCUGUUCUACUGAAGACCAAGGCCAGCCUUAGCGCGUUGGCAAUGAAGCAAAAGGAAGCUGCAGGCCAAUCCAAAGCCAUGAAAAUGUUCGGAAUUGGCAGCAGUCCAGUCAUACAGAAUGGACCUCCUCAACCAGGUAAGAAAAGGACCGAUGACAGCUCAUGGAAGGAGGAAGAAGAGGAAAUGUUACGAAAUGUCGCUACUUCUUCAACGCCACCCCAACUGAAGGUCUCCCGUCAAGCUCGAAGAGAUGCACAACGUGAUCGGGAGCAUCAAAUGACUAUGAGGCACCAACAGAAAGGUGAUGAGGCUUUCAACGAAAUUAACUGGUCGAGCCCCAGGCCCAAUGAGCCUCGACAAGCGCAUCCAUAUGAAACAAGAAACAUGCAGGGAAUAAAUGAUGCAUCUGCUAAUUUCACACCGCGUCCAAGAGCUCAAAGUAGAGAGAGGAAGCCCCCACCGGUGACACAUUCUCAACGGAAUGCAAACAGAGAAAGUAAGGGCAGUAUAAGCACGAGUUUUUCAGGGUCACGACCUGCAUCCCGUACUUCUCGAGAUCGUUCAGGUUCUGAUGCUUCUGGUCGAUCUAAGAGUCGCAAUGGCCGAUACAGAGAUGAUCUAGCUAAAGCGAUGGCCGAGGGAACGGGUAGUUCUAGUCAAGGUAUUGUUGAAGAUCUUCAAAAUGCCCGCCUCAUGCUCAAACCUACCGUAUCAAGUAUAUCCCCUGGUACAUCUCCUGGUUUGCCACCUGGGAUAUCUGGCCGCCCAUCCCCUAUUCCAUCCCCAGCAAUGGGGUCAAGACCCAGAAAUAACAGCAAAGCACAACCUUCGAGUUAUUUUGAACCUCAGAAUAUGCACGCUCUGCAAACCGGUGAUGCAUUGGAAAUUGGUAUUUCACCUAGACCAUCACCCGUCACCCCUUUCUCAGUCAACUCUACACCUUCUCUGCCUGAUCAGUCACCCAUUGGGCCACGAUCGACCACUCCAACAGCAUCACAUGCAAAUGGCUACAUGACCGCCCGUAAGAAGUCUGUAACAAAAUCCGAGAUCUCGGAACCCACUUUCAUAUCAUCUACUUCCCGCGUCUCAACAAUUAAUCUUCCAUCUGGUUCGAGCCUUCAAAACGGUAUUGCUCCACCUAUUCCUGCAGUUAAUCCAAGAAGAAGACAAACGAGAGCUAUGUUUGGUGCGAUGAUGGGAAAAAAAGACUCCAGUGAAUAUCUUGAGAGAGAUGAGAUUCCAUUGUCUACGACGAGUAGUGAAGAGAUGAGCACCUUCUCAGACGAAGAAGAAACUCCCCGAGAGAAGCACAGACAGAGAUUAAGGAAGAGCCUGAGUGAGGGAGGCAAUCUGAAUGCUGAGGCGAGGGAAAAGGCAUACAACGCGCCAAGUCCAGCCAUGCCAGAUUUCCUCUCUGGAGCUGGAGGUGUAAUGGGACCAGGACCAGUACCAGCUCAGGAUGGAAGCAUGUUCUGAUCACAAUGGUAAUGCACCACAUUAAUUUCUAUUUGUUUUAUCUUAAUGUUUUACACGAGCCAUUUUCUUCAUACAUCUGCCUCGCGGCGAAAAUUAGGGGAGCAGCAUCUUGGAGUUUUUAAAAUGGCGAAGAGAGAAUACGACAGACAUGUCUCCCUGUUUCAUACCAGAAAUUGGAAAAUACCAUAUUAGCGGGCGAGGAAGGAUGAUGGAUGGAAGGAGGAAGUACAUAGCAUAUUGGGAUAUCUUAAUGGCGCAGCGGGACUGAGUUAUUGGAGAGGAUUGAUGGAUGUUUAGUGGGCUGGGAAGGAUGGAUUGGGUGGUCUGUAGUCGAACUUUACUGAAAGAGCUCAUGCAGUGGGCAUUUGAGCCUCACCGGAUUCCA